ACAACCCCCCUCGGCCCCGGGCCUCAGCCUGGCCUGGGCUGGAGGCGGAGGCGGAGGCGCGGGAGUUAUGGAGGGGGCGGGCUCUGCAGGGAAGUGCGUCAGAGGAGGCGCGGGGAGAGUAGGGUGCUGUGGUCUGAGCUGGAGGGUGAAGCAGGCGGAGCAGGAGGAUGGGCGAGCAGUCUGAAUGCCAGAAUGGAUAACCGUUUUGCUACAGCAUUUGUAAUUGCUUGUGUGCUUAGCCUCAUUUCCACCAUCUACAUGGCAGCCUCAAUUGGCACAGACUUCUGGUAUGAAUAUCGAAGUCCAGUUCAAGAAAAUUCCAGUGAAUUGAACAAAAGCAUAUGGAACGAAUUUGAUAGCGAUGAGGCAGAUGAAAAGACUUACAAUGAUGCACUUUUCCGAUAUAAUGGCACAAUGGGAUUGUGGCGACGGUGUAUAACUGUACCCCAAAACGUGUAUUGGUAUAGUCCACCAGAAAGAACAGAGUCAUUUGAUGUGAUCACAAAAUGCACAAGUUUUACACUAAAUGAGCAGUUCAUGGUGAAAUUUGUUGAUCCUGGAAACCACAAUAGUGGAAUCGAUCUGCUUCGGACCUAUCUUUGGCGUUGCCAGUUCCUUUUACCUUUUGUUAGUCUAGGUUUGAUGUGCUUUGGGGCUUUGAUUGGACUUUGUGCUUGUAUCUGCCGAAGUUUGUAUCCCACCAUUGCCACAGGCAUUCUACAUCUCCUUGCAGGUCUUUCUACUUUGGGCUCAGUGAGUUGCUACGUUGCUGGAAUUGAACUACUACACCAGAAACUAGAGCUGCCUGAGAAUGUGUCUGGAGAAUUUGGAUGGUCCUUCUGCCUAGCUUGUGUCUCAGCUCCCUUACAGUUCAUGGCUUCUGCUCUCUUCAUCUGGGCCGCUCAUACCAACCGGAAAGAGGACACCUUAAUGAAGGCUUAUCGUGUGGCAUGAGCAGGAAGCUUCCUACUUUACAAUUGCCAUUUUUAUUAUUUUUUAAUAUUAAUAUUUUCCCUCAUCUCCCAGUUGUUUUUAAUUUAACUUUUUUGUGUGUGAAUAUACUAUUUUAUGGUGAAAAUCCAUCCAUUUUAUUUAUACACACAGUUUUCUUACCACUAAGAUUUACAUGGAUUACUAGGAUUUUACCUUUCAACAAAUUAAUACUGAUUUAGAGUUCAGACAGAAAGAAAUGGGUUAUUAAUAGUUGGCAUGAGUUGAUGAAAGAAGAUUGAUAAUGGGAAAUUGACCCAAAGCAAUUAGAAAUUGACCCAAAACCCAAAGUCUGUUAGACUUUUCACUAUAUAACUAUAUCUGUUCAACUGGAAACACAGUUUCUUUGGGAAACCCCCUUAAAGCCAUUGUCCAAACUUUAUGUUCCUUUGCUAUUGUAGAUGGCCAUUCAGUCAGAGGUAUUAGUACUAUUUUCAAAGAUUUAAGCUACAUAAAAGAGGGAAAUUAUUUAAGUUCUUUUUCUCUAAAUACUGGCAUAGAACUUCAUCUGAGAUGAAAUAUGACAGCUGUUUACAUUGUGUCUAUCUACAAGAAAGGAAGUGAAAAAUAUAUUGUAUUUACUUGAAAUUCCUAAUUUGUAACUGCAAGAAUUCCAGUUCAGCCAGAUAAGAAGAUUUAACUUUAUUUUACUUUUUUAAAAAAAAAAAAAAAAAAACCAAAACUCUUAAUAUGUCAAUAGAAUUUUCAGUACCACCAAACUGUUUUAGAGUUUUGCUCCUUCCCUCUUCAUACGCCAGGCUUACUAAAGAGUGCUUUCUUUUUAACACCACUUUGGGGUUGCAGAGUAAAAUUCCCCAACAGCUAUUUAUUCCAGCUAAGUACCAUAAGGAAGGUUUCACCAUAAUGACCCUCCAGUGCUAGGAAAACUGCCGCAAGAUCUAAAACUUGGCUGGUCAUUAACUUCCAACUAUGGUCUUUAUUUCUUGUGGUGAAAUGAUGUGCCUUUCCUUGCCUGAACCCUUUCCUGGUGUGUAUCAACAUUAUUUAAUGUCCUCCAAUUCAGUCUUUUUAUUUUUACAAAAACAUCUAUAAACAUUGAACUCUAAGAAAAUCUUAUUUAUUUAUUCCAUUACUGUAGCACUGGGCAGAUUUUAAAAAAUGUAACUUAGUAAUUUCUUACACUAUCCUAAAUCUGUCUUUUUUAAAAAAAUAAAAAAUGAGAAGAGAUUCAGAAUUAUGUCUUUAGU